AUGACCAGAACCAACAUAAUCACAAAGCUGUUGGUUGCAUUGGCAGUGUUGUAUUAUGUGUUUGAUUAUUUCACGGUGCCAAUCUUUCUUUAUGUGGCUAUCACCACGGCGGUUGCGACAGCGACGAUCGUGUCUCUCCGUGCCACCAUGGUGAUAUGGAUCACGGUCUUGGUGCUGUUAAGUUUUGCUGGCAACCGUCGGAAGAGUUUGGUUCAACGAGGCAGACGAAUAACAUUUGAUGUACUGUCGCACUUGGUCAGAGUUUCAUUCAUAUCACAGAAAGAAAGGUUGAAAGUAUAG